CUUUUGACAGCUCAAUCCCGCACAUAACCUCAAAUAAUAACAAUAAUUUUGGAGUAAAGAAUUUAAUGCACAAUUUUGUUUUGAAAUUUAUUCUUUGAAAAUUCAAGAAAAUGUUUCUGACACUAGUUCAAAAUGUAAUGCGGCGGCAGCUGUUCAAGGGAAGCAUGCAUCGCGGUAAAUACAGAUACGUUAGACCAAUUAAGAUGAAAGAUAUGAAUCUGUUGCGAGAAGAGUACGAGCGAGAGGAACGAGUUAUGGGCUUGCUCAUGAAUCCAUAUUUGAGUGCGGAAGAAUCACGAGGCCAUACAGCGGUACACGACAAAUCUUACAAACGCUAUUUGGAAAUCAAAGAAAUGCGUCGCCUUAAAAAACUCAAGGAAAAUAUCACACUCGAAGAUCGACUAAAGCAUUUGAGUUUUAGGGAUGUUUGGGAUUGAACUCUUUCCACGCGAAUAACGUGACAUGUUAAUGAAAUAACCGAUGAUUGUGUAUUAUCACAGUUGCUUUUAUUCAAUAGAUACAUUUAGUUUGAAAUAAAUACGAAAUGAUGAUUCAAUAAAUAUGAAACUAAACAAAA